GAAGUUUGUCCUGUCCCAGUCAGGAGCUGAGCACCACAGCUCCUCUGGUGUAAGACAGAGAGGAGGUGUCGGUCUCAAACUCUUGACUUUUUCUUCUCACAGAACCUCUCACUUCUCAUCCAAGUCCUCAUCACUGCUUUGAUCCUCCACCUUCCUGAGGGAGGUGCAGGAAGAGCUAGAGAUUGGAUUUAACCAGUGAAGAAUGACUGAAAGCUUUUUUUUUUAUCACUAAAAACCUUCAUUCUUCAGAAAUAGUGGAGCUUAGCCAUUUCUUCUGAAGGUGCCAUCUACUCCCUUUUCAAGAUGAGGAGGUUUCGGCUGAUGCCUUUCUGUGCCCUCCUGGGGGUUCUAUUUGGGGGACUCUUUCCUAAAGUGAAUGCUCAAGGUGCAAACAGUGUUCCAAACCAAGACAUCAUUUUCCUGAUUGACACUACCAUGGGUCCAGGAUUCAUCAAUGGCGUGAGAUCGUUCAUCAGGCAGUUUAUCACCGCAAUACCAAUUGGGCCAGAUACUGUCCAAGUUGGCAUUGCCAGGUUCAACUCUAACCCAGCGCUGCUGAUGGACCUCAACACCUAUGCAACCAAGGACUCUUUAAUUUCUGCUCUGUCAACUAUCAAGCCAAGUUCAGAACCUACCAUCAAUAUUGGAAAAGCUCUGGACUUUGUGCGUGAGAAUAUGCUGGACCCCGAUAAGGGCAGUCGUAUACUGCAGAGGGUGCCCCAGGUUGUGAUGCUGUUCACCAGUAAAGCAUCCACGGACAGUGUGGAAAAACCUGUUAAGGACCUAAAGGACAUGGGAGUGCUGACUACGGCUGUAGGCUUUAAAAGUGCUGAUGAAAGGGAGCUGCAAAAGAUUGCAGUUUCUGAUGAAGUUGUAUUUAUGCACAAGGAAAUACGGCUGCUGCUUAAAAACUCUAAACAAAUAAUUAAUACGCUUUCCACAUUUCCUGGACAAAAUUUGGUAGAAGAACCCACAGAAAAAGAGGAGAUAACCACAGUGCAGACAAAGAAAGUGGUCCGAGACAUCGUUUUCCUUGUGGAUGGUUCGUCCUAUGUGGGAGAUGGUAACCUGCCGUAUGUGAGGGACUUCAUGAUCAACACUGUCAACCAGCUGGAAAUACGCCCUGACCGAGUCCAAAUUGGUCUCCUACAGUUUGCUGAACAGCCUAGGAUAGAGUUUUACUUGAACAGCUUUCGGAACAGACAAGCAGUUGUGAAUAAAAUCUCUCAAAUGAGGCUGCUUGGAGGCUCUGUUUUGAACGUUGGUGCUGCUGUUACAUAUGCUCUGGAAAACAUGUUCCAGGCAUCAACAGGGUCACGUAAAAGUGAGGGAGCCCAUCAAGUGUUGGUGAUUGUCACAGGUGCCCCAGGUGGAGAUCAGCUGUCCACUUUAGGGGAUACAUUGGCUCUGGAGAAAAUAUUGACCUUUACAGUCACUUCUGGACAAGCAAAUACAGACGCAUGGCAAAGAGUUGCAUUUAUUCCAGACUUGGCUUACCACAGUGAAGACUUCUCAAAGCUACCUGAAGUGGCUGACACCAUCAUUGAUCAGCUAACAUCAGUUGUUGGGACUGUAGAAGAUGUUGUGGUUCCUGAAACUGGCAUUGUGGGAGAUGAAAGAGAUGUUGCAUUCCUCAUCGAUGGGACGGACAGCGUUCGAGCAGAUUUUUCUUACAUUCGAGACUUUAUCAUUAGCGUGAUUGAACCUCUUGACAUUGGAAUUGACAAAGUUCGGAUUUCAGUCGUUCAACACAGUGAAAGACCAGCUCCAAAUUUUUACCUGAACACCUAUAAAACCAAAGAAGAGGUAUUGAGAGCCAUCAACGAGAUGACGCCGGCUGGUGGACGUAGUUUAAACACAGGGUCGGCCUUAAAGUUCAUGAAGGACACAAUCCUAUCAGAGCCCAAUGGCAGCCGGUCUGCUCUGAAUGUCCCUCAGUUUCUUAUAGUUUUGGCUGCUGACAGAUCUGUUGACAACGUUAAACAACCGGCAAGUGAUCUGAAGAAAGAGGGAGUUGUACCAUUUGGAGUUGGUGUCAAAAAUGCGGAUCCAGAGCAAAUAAAAACUAUUUCACAAAAUCCUUCACUCGCCUUCACUGUGAAAGAAUUCAGCGAACUCAGCAACAUACCAAAUAAAAUCAACUACUAUGUGGCCCUUCCACAAAAGGAGCUGGAUAAAGCCAUUGAGCAAGCACAAACUGAUGCCAUAAAAAGAGAUAUUGUUUUCUUACUGGAUGAUUCUGAUAAUACCAAAGAUGGAUUCUCAGCUAUAAAACACUUUGUCAAAAACAUAGUGGAAACCCUCUAUGUUGAUGAAAACCAUGACAGAGUGUCUGUUGUUCAGUUUGCCGAUGGCCCUAGGGUCAUCUUUUACCUAAGCACUCAUAAAACAAAGGGUGACUACAUAAACGCCAUUGACGGUAUGAAGCACAAAGGUGGGAGGCGUGUCAACAUUGGUGCAGCUCUCCAGUUUGUGAGGCACAGAGUCUUCACUUCCUCCACUGGAAGUAGGAGAUUGGAAGGAGUGCCCCAGAUCUUAAUUCUUCUGAGCAGCAAACCAUCAUCUGACAAUGUGAGAGGACCAGCCUCUUCUCUUAAAGAGCAUGAAAUUGUUUCAGUGGGUGUUGGAGUGGGAGAUGCCAACCUUGCAGAGUUGGAGCUGAUUGCAUUUAAACCCGGUUUUACCCACAAAGUGUCAGAAUUCUCCAAACUGCUUACACUUCAUUCCAAAAUAGUUGAUGCCCUAAAGAUACAGAGAGAUGAGGAAAGCACCUCAGUGGGAAUCUUUGACUUCGUAGGUAAGAGUCUCAUUAACAGUUUGAUUGAAUUUGUCUUAAUUUUGUUUUCAUCACACUAAUUUGUUUAUAUUUUG